AAAAUUCUGCGCAUGUCCACUGAAGGCUUCCGUGACGUACCUAGCCAUCUUUCCAAGUCAACCCAAAAGUGAUUGUUUUUCAAUUUUAGUCUUAUUUAAAUCAACUUUAUAUUAAUGUCAGAGCCACAGUCCGCACUUCUACUAAGAAAACAAUUAUCAGAAUUGAAUAAAAACCCAGUAGAAGGGUUUUCAGCUGGCCUCGUAGAUGACAAUGAUAUUUAUAGAUGGGAAGUCCUCAUUAUUGGACCUCCGGAUACACUGUACGAAGGAGGAUUCUUCAAAGCGCAUUUACAGUUUCCCAAAGAGUAUCCACUCAGGCCACCAAGAAUGAAAUUUAUAACAGAAAUAUGGCAUCCAAACAUUGAGAAGAACGGCGAUGUCUGCAUAUCGAUCCUCCACGAGCCUGGAGAUGACAAAUGGGGCUAUGAGAAAGCAUCAGAGAGAUGGCUUCCAGUCCAUACAGUUGAGACGAUUCUCAUCAGUGUUAUAAGUAUGCUGGCUGAUCCUAAUGACGAAAGUCCUGCCAAUGUAGAUGCCGCCAAAGAGUGGAGGGAAAGUUACACAGAGUUCAAACGAAAAGUAGCGAGGUGCGUCCGAAAAAGCCAAGAGGAGUGUUUGUAGGGGGAGAAAAAAGUAAUAUUCAAACGGAAAGACUUAUUUAAUUCUGGGAAGCCGCGUGCAUUACAAAUGCAAAAUCAAGUUGAGUGAUUAUGCUCAAUGGACAAACAGUGCCACUGAAAGCGGAAAUACGCCUGUCCCUUCCUACAUAAUACCGAAAUAAACAAAAAAGCAAUGCAAAUUUUCAUAAUAAAAUACCAGAAUCGGCGUGAAGUGAGUUCUCUUCACAUUUUCACAACGACGGUUUCAAGUCUAUGGAAAAUUGGACGACCGUUACUGGACAUACCAUUAACAAGCAAAGGAAAGAAUGAAAAAAUACCCUCGUAGCUCAUCCUUUACAUGGUAAAGCAGAGAAAAGUAAUGAUUGACUAUACAUCAUGAUGAAAAAGUGAAAAAAAUUAUCUGUACGACUAAUUAUCUUAAAUAUUCAUAGUUGUUGUAAAACUCGAAGAAAAUUGAAACUUCUUUCUUCUUUCUGGUUUUUCCUCCCCAGCAUAAAUUUCCCAAGGGCGUAUUAUUGAAAACACUUAAAAAUCCAGCCCUGCCAUUGCCCCAAAACUCCCAUUAAUUAUUUAAAGUAAUACUUUAUGUUCUAUUAUCACUCAAACAAUAAUUCCUUAGGAUCGUUUCGUAUUUUCUUACUUUCGUAUGAAGAUAAAAAAAAAUUUUGUAAAUUUUUAAAGAACGGGAUGUAAUAAUCAUUGAUGUAAUAUACCAGUGAAUGAUAAAAAAUGAAAAAGAAGCAAAACAUGGAAAUCGAAAAGAAAAACGUACGAAUUAUUAUUAAAUUGAUAAUAAUACUGAUAAUAGAGAAUGAUGAAUGUAGCAUGAUGAGCGAAUAUGGAAAAAUCAGCAACGAUAUUGAUCAAUGAUAUUAAGUAAAUUCUGCUGAUAUGUGUCAGUUGCCAAAUGAUGAAAAAAAAAUAACAAACAUCCAAUUCUAGAGUAACUUAAUUAUGAUUAAUAAUACAGAACAAAACAGCUGAAUGAACUUAUUUUAAUUGUCAAUCACAGGUUAUAAUUUCAUAGUGAGAAAAAAAUAAUCAUUGCAGUUCCCUAAAGAUUUUUUUAAAGCAAAAUUCGCAGUUUUAUUAAAUUUGGUCAUUUGUGGCGACAUUUUUUUAAUGAUUUCAUUCAGUGAUGAUCAUUUUAACCAUGGAAUAUGCCAUUUUUAUGAUGAAAGCUAAUGGUUAAACAAAUAAAAAGGAGAAACAUA